AUGGCCGUGCAAAGUAGAUUAGUCGAUGCAUGGGAUGAUGCAAAAUCAUCCUUGUUAAAUCGAUUGAUCACUUUAGCAAUGGGCUAUAAAAGAAAUUAUGCGGUAAUUCAAAAAAUUUUACAGAUUGGUUAUUUUUCUUUUAUUAUGCUAAAUUUAUAUCGUGGCUUUAAUCCUAAAAAGAAAAAGCAACCAAAACAAGUUGGUGAUAUUGCAAAGAAAGGCGUUGAAGAAAGUGCAAAUGUGGACGCUAAACAAAUCGCAAAACAGGAAAAGAAUGUAACACAAGAAGUUGAAGAAGAAUCAAGCGGUAAAAGAGGUCGCAAAGGACGUAAAGGAAGAGGUCCUCGUGUUGAAGUUGAUGCAGUCUUUUUCCAACGGCUUCGUAGGUUACUCAAGAUUGUCAUUCCAGGCGCUCGUUCGAAAGAGUCGAUUUUGCUCAUCACUCACUCAAUCUUUUUGGUUCUGCGUACAUUCAUCAGUCUUUAUGUCGCAGAACUAGACGGAAGGAUCGUCAGUGCAUUUGUUCGUGGCCGUACUCGUGAUUUCUUAAAAGGAAUCGCUUGGUGGAUGACGAUCGCCAUUCCUGCCACUUAUACGAACUCACUCAUCGAUUUCUUACAAUCAAAGAUCGCAUUGGCAUACCGUUCCCGUCUAACGAUGCGUGUUCAUGACAUGUACCUCACCGAUGCAACAUACUAUACCCUUGGAAAUUUGGACGAUCGAAUUCACAAUGCUGAUCAAUUGAUCGCUGUUGACAUUUCAAGAUUUGCAACAUCUUUGGCAGAAUGUUAUAGUAACAUUUCUAAACCGAUUCUUGAUACAAUGCUUUACAACUAUCAACUUUCCAAUAAUGUUGGUGCAGAAGGUUUGAUCUUUAUCAAUUUACUCGUUCAAGGUUCAGCCGUACUAUUACGAAAAGCAACUCCUCCUUUCGGUCAAUAUGCUGCCGAAGCACAACGAUUAGAAGGUGAAUAUCGAUGGGCACAUUCACGCUUGAUUGAGAACAGUGAAGAAGUUGCACUUUAUCGUGGUCAACAAUUGGAAAAGAAAGGUAUAGAACGUGCUUAUUUCAGCUUGAUCAAACAUGUUAACCGAGUUUAUCGAAUCAGAAUCGCACAUGGAAUGGUAGAAGAAGGUAUUAUCAAAUGGUUGUGGGGCAGCUUGGGUCUUGUGAUCUGUGCUUUGCCUGUAUUCUUCAAGAUUCCAGGUGUGAAGGUAGGAGAUAUGGGAUCACGUACAGAAGCAUUUGUGACCAACAGACGUUUACUCUUAUCUUCAAGUGAUGCAUUCGGUCGAGUGAUGUACUCUUACAAAGAGUUGGCAGAAUUGGCAGGUUAUACAGCCCGUGUCACUGAAAUCUUGGAUACCAUGGAAGAAGUUAAAGCAGGAAAGUAUCAAAAGAAGCUCGUCAGUGCUGCUGGAACAGAAGAAAAUCAAGCUGUUCUGUCUACACGUGGUAUUGUAGAAGAAGCAAAAGACGUCGAAUUCGAGAAUGUACCGAUCGUCAGUCCAAAUGGUGAUGUUUUGGUUCGUUCAAUGUCAUUCAAGCUAACACAAGGUCAACAUUUGCUCAUCGUUGGUCCAAACGGAUGCGGUAAAUCAUCCAUGUUCCGUAUCUUGGGCGGCUUAUGGCCUGUUUAUGGAGGUGUCGUUCGUAAACCUCCAACUAGCGAAUUCUUUUACCUUCCACAAAGACCUUAUACAUCUUUGGGCACCCUUCGUGAUCAAAUCAUUUACCCUCACACGGUAAGUGAAAUGCGAGCAAAAGGUAAAACAGAUGAAGAUUUGAUGGCAAUUUUGCGUAAAUUACAAAUCGAUCAUAUCGUCGAACGUGAAGGUGGUUGGGACGUUCAACGUGAAUGGCGUGAUGCAUUAAGCGGAGGAGAUAAACAAAGGAUUGCAAUGUCUCGUUUGUUCUAUCAUGUUCCACGAUAUGCAAUCUUGGACGAAUGUACAAGUGCGGUCACAUUGGAAGUCGAAAAGAUUAUGUACGAUUAUGCAACCGAAUUGGGUAUUUCCAUGUUGACCGUUUCGCAUAGACCAAGUUUAUGGCGUUACCAUCAGUUGGUGUUGCAAUUCGAUGGUCAAGGCGGUUACGUCUUUACAGAAUUGGAUGCUGAAAAACGUUUAGCAUUACAAGAAGAAAAGCAAGGAUUGGAACAAAAGUUACUCAGUGUACCUAAAUGGCAAGAACGUUUAGCCCAAUUGAAACAAGCACAACAAGAACAAAAAGCACGCAGUCGAUCCAGUAGUCCUGUUAGAGAAAUUCCACAGGCAUCUACCAAGGCUGCUCCUGCACCUGUUCCAGAAAGUGAAGCACCUGCCAAGCUAGAUUCUUCUUUCGUUUCAGUCACUGCUCCUGCUGAAACAAAGGCUGCAAACACUGCUUCUGCUGCUCCAACUCCCGCAAAAGUUGCUCCUGCUCCCGCUGCUGAACAGCCAAAGACAGCACCUCAAGCACCCGCUUCUGGAAAGAAGUCAGGCUCAAAGGGAAAAAAGAAUAACAAGUAA